ACCUUUUUCACUUCGUCCGUAGUUGCAGUGCACCGGAGCGGACAUGCUGCGCAGCCCGUCUCAUUAACCCGUAACUCCGAACCCGUAACUCCGAACCCGUAACUCCGCUGUUGCGAGCACCGUUACGCGCCAGCCUCCGACCUCCGCCGGGACGCUCCAGUCCGGGAGACCCUCGCUCAUCAUUCCUGAAGGAGCACGGAGGUGACUGUAGAAGCCAUGGGCAGCAAGACUCUUCCAGCACCAGUACCUCUACACCCGUCCCUCCAGCUUGCCAACUACUCCCUCGUACAAAGUUCCACAGGCCUACAGCUCCCCACAGACCACUUCCCCGGCAUCUACACCUUCAGUGCCUUGCAUGCUAUUCACCUCCACCAGUGGACCCUGGGUUACCCACCUUUGGCUCUGCCCCGCUGCACUAUCGCCAAACUGCCUGCUCCCUUCUCUUCCAUGGCCUCCAUCCCCAUUUUCCCCCACUUCCUUCAGCCCAAACAGGACUCUGCAGGGCUGCUGCCGGGCUCCAAGAACAAGCCCCGUUUUGACUUUGCCAACCUGGCAACAGCAGCCACCCAGAAAGACCCUCUGCAGGCAGAGGACCUGAGCAUGACUGGGGCGGCAGCAGCAGCACAGGCUUUGCCUCGCCACCCGAAUGUGGCCAGCCUCGGCUGCCUCCUGGAUGUGGCGAAGCUUUCCUCGCCUGAGCGCAAGCCCAGCCGCGGCAGACUCCCUUCCAAAACCAAGAAAGAGUUUGUCUGCAAGUUCUGUGGCCGCCACUUCACCAAGUCCUACAACCUGCUGAUACAUGAGCGGACGCAUACGGACGAGAGGCCAUACACCUGUGACAUCUGCCACAAGGCCUUCCGAAGACAAGACCACCUGCGGGACCACAGGUACAUCCACUCCAAAGAAAAGCCCUUCAAAUGUCAGGAGUGCGGGAAGGGAUUCUGUCAGUCUCGGACCCUAGCCGUCCACAAAACGUUGCACAUGCAGGUCAAGGAACUUAAGCCAGCCAAGACCAAAUGAUCCCCCAGCUCAGAAGGAGCAGGGACACUGGAAACCAAAUGAGCCGAGACCACACGGAAAUACCCAGGACCAAAGACGUGUAUUCAUCUCAGCUGUGGGGGAGCGCUCCGUCCUCGGCCUGUCUGCUAUGGUGGGGCGGACAAUGGGGAAAUUCCACCAGGAGGACAUAUUUCGAAAUACUUUUUUUCCUGAAGCCUGGAUUUCUGCAGAGAGAAGUUAUGGAGAGUAGUUUCUCCGAGCUCCGCUAAAAUACCCAGGCUUCAGCAGAGACGUGUAAGCUCGCAGCCUGCAAGGGCAAAGAACACAGCGGAUCUGUGGAAUGUGAAAUUGACCUCUCAGAAAAAGAAAGAAAAAAAAAUCUUGUGGCAGCUCAUUUCCAAAUUGUUUGCUACAAAAGCUUUUAUUCCAAAGACACAAUAAAAAGGGACAUUCCAUCACUUAUGCAACUUAUUGUAAACAGCUGAAACUGAUUGAAGCCAUGUAAGCGUAGCCACUUAUUCCUCUUUAUUAAUAACACAUUCCAAUAUUAUUUUUGUACAGAUAUAUCAAAAUGUAUUUUUGCACUUUAACAUGAUUAUUGAUUAUUUACAUAUUUC